AUGGCUGCAUCGAAAGGUCUGGAGAGCGCAUCGACUGCAGGUGCUGCAUAUACUAAUGAACAACAACCUGCAUGUUCCGAGGACAAACGAAGUAGUAUAUACCCCGUGCAUCCUCUCCCUCAACUGCAGGAUCCCUUUGAGGAGUCAAUUCUCGAAACUAACGAGGCAUUGGCGAGUCAGUGGCUGGUGAAUAUAAAUGCACAGACGCGUCGCCGAGACCUAUUGGAGAACGAUGAAUACGAACGACUGUGUGGCCGGAAAUGGCGUCAAAGGGCAGCUGAACAAUAUCAUCCAUUCUGGAAGCUUAUAUCUCAGAUGGCGUUUGGGGUUCAUCUCCUAACCAAGAGACUGGCCAAAUCAGACGCACGAGUAAUGAGAAUCCUGCAAACCCAUGUCGAUGAAAUGGAUGGUUUUAUUCAGCGUACAACAGAAGACUUUAUGAUUAUUCACCUAGAUGUCAGCACUAGGAUUCAAUAUCUCAGCCUGCCCCUUAGUAACCUGGACUUGUUUGAUGACAUGCUCCAGGAUCGGCACUUUCGACUGACCCUCAUUUCCUAUAAUGAUCAAAUUGAACAUGCCAUUGAACGCUUUACGCUCGCUAUUACAGAUGCACUCAAAGAUAUUCGCAAGGGCAAAGAUGCGACAAGUGCUCUAUGGCACUACCUGCACCAGCUAGACACGGAAGGUGGUUUCGAUUCGGAUAUUCUGAAGCCUUUCUUCAAGGUGAUGAUGGACAAUAUGGAAGGUUGGAUUAUAUCAUUGUCUAAACUUCGUCGACGUGGUGCUGCACUUCAGAAAGCUUUGAGUCAACUCUCAUUUGCAGUGACCGAGAUGCAACGGCGAGUUGGUGUGGCGAGUAGGAAGGAAGUGUAUUCAUUGGCGAAUUGUCCUCUGCUGAGCACGAGUGCAAGUUUUGGUCGACCCAAAUCGGUCAGACAAAGGCUGUUUUCAAAGCGGCCAUCUACUCCUGUUAUCAAACUAGACAAACCACUACCACUCGAUCCUUUCAUUGGCCCGAGUACUCCCAAAUCCCGCAAGGCCAAAGAUACACCAACGACAGAAAAACGAUAUACCAAGAGGAACAGCAGAAGAGUUAGCAGAUUGAUACUAUCUAAAUCAUGGGGUGCACUGCCAGCAGAAGCCAUCGAGGACGCUACAACGCCGCCUCAAACUCCAAGAAGAAUAAGCAAAAAGCUAUCUAGGCCAUUCCUUCUCAAACGAGCAGUCACCGAAAAUGCCCUCACUCCCAACCCCCGUCCGGCAACCGCUCCGGACAGAACGCUCAAGUCUCGCAGUGCCUCGAUAGAGCAAUUGAAGGCGAUGUGGGCCAGCAAUCGUCCCAAAACCCCUAAAUUUACACCAAAGUCACCAGUCCGAUCAGAACCACAAAGAUCACAGCAACAGCCUGAUGGCAUUGAUUCAAUGAAGGACCAUAUAUCCCAGUUCUUGAAGACAGACCGCGUGAUCGAGGCGUGGGACCAUAUGGCAACGAAGACAGCCGAUCGAAAACGUAGUAGUACAAAACUCGCAAAGGACGGGCCCUGCAGCAUUUUCCGAGCCAAGUCCUCUGAUGCCUUGCGCGCCCGCCUCAAUGAUCGAAGGGGCCUACCUGGUACAGAAUUUCACAACCAGAUGUCAUGGGCACAACAGCCAGAGACUUGGAAUACGUACUCCUUCAAGCAGAGACCACCUGAAGAUCAGAUGACACCGCGAAUUCAUGUGCUGUCCAUUCAAAUGGCCCUGGAUGACGAGAUGGAAUUUGGCCGCAUGAGCGAGGACAAUCUGGACGUGAGCGACGAUACAGAUUCGAUCAUUACAGCCCUACCUAGUCUAUCUAUUGCAUCUGUCACUGCCGAAUAUAGACCCCGGAUGGUGGAAUGUGCUUAA